AUGAGAAAGAUUUUAGUUAAGCUCCGUCGUUUCACACGCCCGGGCAAGCCCGCUAAGUCAGAUGAUAACCAGUCCACGCCCGCGCAAUGUCCGAAGGCCGGUACACCGGCGGAUACGAGCGCAAGCGCAACACAAGGAGACGUGGGAAGAGCACAACAGCGGCUAGAAACGCAACAACAACCCGAUGGACGCCUCGACAGCCAGGCCGAGGCGGCCGUUGUCGAAUCCACCGCGGCGGAUGGUACGGGGCGGGGUGAGCCUCAUAAGGCUGUCGUCAGCUGUUUAGAAACACUUCCGGCCGAAUUACGCCGGCAGAUUUUGUUCGCCAUUUCUGAUAUAUCGGGCUUGGACGACAUGAGCGCAAUCACCUGCGCCUCCCCUGUAUUCUGGCAACAGUACCAACUUGACCGGAAAGCACUGCUUGAGCAUGCGCUUCACACCACGUUGGGCAUCGUUUUGGUUGACGCCUACGCCGUUCAGACGACCGCCCUGGUUUGCUACACCAAAGACACCGCACGGAAGUCGGCUGUUUAUCAAGCCAUAGAUGAGUACAAAAUUUCACGUUCCGGGGCGCCCGGCCUGAUCUUGGGAGAAUCUUCGGAGCAAGACCUCCUAUCCAUGGCGAACUUCUUUCGGUCUAUCGUCCGGCCGCUUGCACUGAGAUACGCUACCGAUACGCUCCAUAAAUUUGACACUUUUUCAGAGGUUGAGAUUAGUCUGUCAAAGAUGGAACAAACGCGGAUUUUACGAGCGUUGUAUCGUUUCCAGUUGUACUGCAACUUGUUUCGAGAUUGGCCCUCAAGCCGUCAGGACCCGGAGCUCGAAAUUGAGUCGACAGAAAAGCUGGCCCUUUUAUUUGGCCUCUUCCGGCCAUGGGAAAUGGAGGAGAUUGAUUCUAUCUAUGCUACCAUGUUCCGAAAAUAUGAAGAAGUCUUUGACGCCAUUGCUUGGGAUUUGCAUAGGGAUAAUCCCAAGUUCGAUUUUUGGGGCUACCCAAACACGCCUCCGGGUGCCCGGCAUUUGGAGGAGGAUGGUUUUUUUCGCGAGUACAUCCGGCAAGGCACCGCAGAGAGGGGGCUAUCUCUCUUUUACAACGUCCUGUGUAUCAACGACCACGAUGACCUUGUUGAAACGAUGGAUGACAACAUGGACGUAUCAGGAAGCUACGAAGACCUUAUACACACGACGACGCAAUUUAACAGACGCGUAGAAUACCCCCAAGAGGGAGAUCUAGCGGAAGAGGAUCGCGAAAGGCUCCCGUUUGCUGGCGAUAGGGAGGAUGCACCGCCGCUGGCGUGGGUCAUAAUGUGGAAGGGGAGAUAUAGCAACUGGUACGGCGAUUAUAUUCCGCAGGUUUUUAAACUCGGGGGAUAUGUCUUUUGGGAUCGCGAGCGGCUGGUGAAGGAGGCCAUCAAGGGUCCGUUUCUCCGCGCCCGCGAAGAGCAUCAACGUGAUUUUAUUAUAAUUUAG